CGAAAUGUUGCCCGGAAACCUUCCUCCAUUCAGUGUAUCUUCGGCUUUUUGCGGCUGCGUCGUUUUUCGACUUCCGACACCGCCAGCACACUUCACUGUGAGUGUCCCUGACACACGCUUGUGCACGCUGGCGGAGACUGGGUGGAGAUUCCAUAGACUGUCACGAAAUCGAGGAGGCUUAAUGGAAGACCCGCCUGUGGUCCGCGAACCUUUUGUAGGGAGUCUGGUCAGCCAAAAGAGUGAUUGUCUCACUUUGGCAAGCACCACCCGAGUCUUCAAAAAGUGCCGUCGAGCCAUUAGCACUGAUUGCCGGGCACACGGGAGACAGCGGAAAUACCCGGGCACAAAAAGUGUCUCGAUUCCUGGUGGCUAGGCGUACGAACCUCUGGUAGACGACCCGAUGGUAACUGGGUCAGAAAAAGUCAAAAGACCGAUUCAGCGUGUCACUGUGUGGCGUCCUGAAGGGAAGUAGAGCGCUGGCCGUCUGGGGUGUCUCUGUGUCCUAUUCGGGGUAUCGCCUCGCUGCUGCUGGGACAUUAAAGAUUUUUGGAUUUUUUUCGGGAGUCCUCACUCUUUGCCGCUACUUUUCCUGGCACCAUGGCUUGCUGUGCAUACCCUAGUAUCUCAGAUCAGCUCGAUCUGCGCCCGCUGCAUCCCGUUGUUCUCGAAGAUAUCAAUGUGACAAUUGACAUCAUCGACAUCGUCAAACUUGCUUGUCAAGCUAGCCAGGCGGUCUUGGAGGUGUAUAACACGUCAAGGGAAGACUGGGAAAUCGAGUUUAAGCAUGGCAAAGAGCCUCUCACAAGAGCUGAUCUUGAAGCAAACCAGGUCAUUUGCACGGGACUUACGCGGCUCUAUGGAUCUGCCAUUCCCAUAGUCAGCGAGGAGAACACAAAGGCAAGCUGGAGCGAAAGAAGCCAGUAUACAUAUUUCUGGCUCAUCGAUCCUCUUGAUGGCACCAAAGAGUUCAUCAAACGUAAUGGCCAGUUCACGGUCAAUAUUGGCUUGUGCCGAAGAGACGAGGCGAUACUGGGCGUUGUGACCGUUCCCACUCAAGGACAGGCCUUCCUGGGUGCGGCAGGCAUAGGGUCUUAUAAAUUGGUUCCGGGUAAACCCCGUGAAAAGCUCCAGAGUUGCCCGUUCUUAAUCGGUGACCCCGAUCUAAAGGUCACGGCAUCGUCUUCGCACAAUUCGCCGGAAACCGUCGCUUUCAUUGAAAAGCUGACGCGGCCACAAGUUGUCCAGUGCGGAUCGUCCUUGAAAAUCUUGAUGCUGGCUGAGGGGCGGGCUCACCUCUAUCCUCGCUUCGCGUUGUGCUCGGAGUGGGACACCUGCGCCGCUCACGCAGUACUUAAAUUCGCUGGCGGUGAAAUAUAUCAGGCUCGACAGGAUGCUGACGGACUGCAUGUGUCCACGGAACCUCUCCGGUAUCAUAAAGAAGAUUUUUUGAAUCCCUUCUUCGUAGCGGUUGGAAGCAGAGAGGCCAGCAAGUCUCUCUGGUCCCGGUUCUCGCGAGAGGCAUCAUACAACCCAUCUGGAAGUGAUGCCUCAAACAACCGUUUCAGCGUCAGCCCCGCCUUGAAGCACAGCUCUGUCGGCACUGUCACAGAGCCGAAGUCAACUUUUAGUUAACACCCUUCAAAGCACACCGAUUAUUCAUAGCCAAGGUAGCUGUUGUCUGCUCAGAAUGAAUGGGGGAAAAAGAGCACAAACCAGACGAAAAAGCAUUUUCUGCUGGGUAUAUCGGCUUUGCAGUUGCUGCGUAUUGGUCUUUCCUUUCCCGAAGUUUUACGAACUCACGGAGCUGUGCGCACGCUUUAUGGCUGAUUGCAUGGCAUCCGCUGUCGGGCAAGUUGCGGCUCUGAUGAGUUGAGGUUUUAUCGUUUUCCUGUGUGGUACGAACCCCACUUCACUCUUACGAGGAGAGGUCUCCCACGGGGUCACGAUUCAGAACUGUGUACUCAAAUCAAACUGGGGGCAAAGCGCUUUUGAUGUGGAACGCACUUCAUGGCAAUCGAAGGGGCGUUCGCUGACUGUAUUCGUGGAAUAACACUAGUUCAUCUAGCUGUGAACGGAAACUACUUAACCUAAACCCGCA